AUGAACAACCCUGUUCACCGACAGCGAAUCAGAAAAUGUGGUUGGUUGCGAAAGCAAGGUGGGAUGGUGAAGACAUGGCACCGUCGCUGGUUCUGUCUCAACGGUGACUGCCUCUUCUACUUCAGCAAAGAGGAUGACCUAAGGGCACUUGGCUCCAUCUUCCUCCCAGGCAACAGGGUGGUGGAGCAUCCCUUUAACCCAGAUGACCCGGAAAAGUUUCUACUGGAGAUAUUUCCAGAUAAAAAGGGAAAACGUAUGACAGGACCAGUCCAAUCCAAGAUGACACCUAACCAUGAUACAUUUUUAUUAUGGGCUGCAACUGCAGAAGAAAGAGACACAUGGAUCAAGGCCCUUCGCAAGAUUAUGCAUGCACCAUUUGGAGGAGCUAUUUUUGGGCAGAGUCUACAGGACACCAUGGCAUAUGAGAGAAAGUACUGUCGUAGAGUCCCUUACAUCAUAACCCACAGUGUGGAAUUUUUACGGCAGUAUGGAAUGGAAGCAGAAGGCAUCUUUAGGUUGGCUGGUAGGACCUCUUUGAUCAAGGAUUACAAGGAAAAGUUUGACUGUGCAGAACCGGUGAAGUUUGAUAUAACAGAGAUAGAUGUCCACUCUGUGGCAUCAUUGGUGAAGAUGUUCCUCAGGGAGCUUCCCGAUUCCAUCAUUCCAUCUCAGAGUUAUCAAAAGUUCAUGAAUAUUGCUUUGAAUUUUCAAGAUGCGCGAGAUAUUGACAGCAAAAUGGAAGUUGUGGUGGAAGCUGGUGCAGCUAUAUCAGAACUUCCUGAUGAAAAUUACAACUCUCUGAAUUAUUUGUGUACAUUUUUCCAUGAUGUAGGUGAAAAAUCAGCUAUUAAUAAGAUGACACCUCUAAAUUUAGGGACUGUUUUAGGUCCUAAUAUUUUACGCAAUAUAUCAGAGGUCAACACUCCUGAAUUACUGAUGGCAACGGCUGAUCUCACACAACAAUUGGCUUACAUGAUGAUUUGCUACCCAGAUAGAAUAUUUACCAAACAAACUGAGAGCCCCCCACAUGUGCCUGUGGACACACUGCUCGAUCUGAGUCCAGAGGAAGAGUCUAAAGAUAUUGGUAACAUCCUCAAACCUAUGAUGGGGGAAGAUAGCCUAAGUCAGCCUCUGAUUCGCACAUCUCUGCUGGAGGAGCUCAAAACCAUUCAGUUUGCUGACAAUGAUGUGUUUUCCUCUCUACAUAAUGAUCUAUCACCUGUCAGUGACCUGUCCGACAAAACUUCGGAAUCGGUCAGUUCCACAGAUAAUAUGUGUGAUGAUAAUAUUGACACCGACAGACCAAUUGCCCCAAAAAGGAAGAGUAAACUAGAACGAGGUAGACGUGUUAGUGAAAGGGCUAAGAAUGAUCCAUGUCCUCCAUCACCCACCUCUCCAACUUUGUACAAUCCUGACAGAUCAAGUCGUAUUAAGCGCAAUGUGAACUCUUUGAAAGUGAAUGGGGCGGACAUACAGAAUCAUGAAUCUCAAUGGACCAGAAAAACAGUACAUGUCAUGAACGAGGAUGACAACAUGUCAAGGUUGCGUCAGGAGGUUAAAGACCUGAAUCAAACAAUUGAUGACAUGAAACAAAAACAUGAAGUAAAGAUGUCAAAGUAUGAGAAUUGUAUCAAGGCACUGUCAUCAGAGCUGGAAACUAUGAAGGAUAAGUAUGAAAAACGUGUCACUUCUCUGGAGAAAUUGAAGAAAGAUGAGAUAAAAAAUCUCUGUGCAAAGCUUGAAUCUGAACGUUAUUCAAGAAAUGAUGCUGUAAGGCGAGUGAUGGAACUGCAGACAGAGCUACAGCAAUAUCAGACACAGUUUGGCAAGAUUGAUACGAAAUAA